CUCCAGCAGGGGGAGCUCUCAGCUCCGGAGCCGUUCUCUCUCUCAGCUCUCCUCUCUAUAGUGUGUUCGCUGUGUGAGGCCGCUGAGGGCUUCAUCCCAGGAGUGCGAACGGGAGAGCGCAGAGCAUCAUGGGGAAACGCGACAACCGGGUGGCGUAUAUGAACCCCAUUGCUAUGGCCAGAGCCAGGGGCCCUGCAGCUUCAGGUGGACCAAGCAUUCAGGAUUAUUUAAGCAGACCAAGACCUACCUGGGAGGAAGUGAAAGAACAGCUAGAAAAGAAGAAGAAAGGUUCCAGGGCACUGGCUGAGUUUGAGGAGAAUAUGAAUAAAAGUUGGAGAAAGGAGCUUGAAAAGCACAGAGAAAAGGUCAUUUCUGGCACUGAUGGUUCUUCAAAGAAGAAAGAGAAACGCAAAAAGGAAAAGAAGAAAUCCGGUGGGUUAUCUUCAUUAUCUUCUUCUGCAUCAUCGAGUUCUACUUCUUCCAGCAGUUCAGAUGAAUCCGACAAUGAGAAAAAACGCUCAAGAAAGAAAAAGAAGAAAAAACAUUAUCGCAGGUCAUCAGACGAUGGCGCGGAUUCUGAGAGCAAGGAUUCUGUAAAGAAGAAGAAAUCCAAAGAUGAGCUGGAGAAGGACAGAGAUGGAAAGAGUUCAGUCAGAAAGAGGAGAAGACCUGAUGAUGAUGCCGACGAUGAAGAUCACCGACAUUCUUCAUAUGAUUCAUCGCGGUCAGACUCUGAGGAUCAGGUUUAUGGUAAAAGGAAGCGGAGCAGUGAAGAAAAAGCUGUAAGUGCCUCUUUCAUGGAAAUGCUGGAAAAGACCAAAAAGAAAAAAAAGCACAAGAAGAACAGCAAGAAAAAGAAAAAGAAGUCGGUCCCCUCAAGCUCUGAUUCUGAAUAACCAAGCCACGUAAUCCCCCCCCACACUCCACGUGCAAUGACUUCACUCUGAGACUGUGAACAGCUGCAAUCCACACUUAUCAGAUUUUCUCCUCUGUAAUGUACAGUUGUCCUGAGAGCAGAGGGGGCUCAAAGGGAAAUUUCCCACCAAAAUACAUCUGAAAUCUGGGAAUACGGGAGAAUCACCUUGGCAGAUUUGGUUCUCUAGUCCACUGGUGGAUGUAGCCAAACUGCAGGUAAAACUAUACAGGUAGUGACAUCACCACUUCAUAUCAUGUGCUUAUUACAACCAUGGCGGCUCCUUACCUCACAACACUGGCACUUUUUUUGUUUUUUCUCUGACCUUGCAGGGCACCCAUGUACAAAAAAAUUGUGACUCUAUCAUUUACAGCGCUUUGUUGGUUAAAAUCCUACCAGUCUAAUGCAGAGAACCAAUUUAUUUGUUAGUUGCACUACCACAUUUUGUCAUCUAAGUAUACUGGUCAGUCCACAUAAUAGUUGUCUUGGUGUUUGUAAAACUUUCUUUUUAAAAGAAGGCAAGGCAAAGUGACGUGGUCUGUGCCAAGGCCCCACCCCCUGAUGUUACCCUUGCCAGCACUUCCCCGCUGCUCCUUCUGCUGCCUUAGGCGAUUGAUUCCCCUAUCCACACAAUCGGUGUUGAUGGGGGGGAAUCCCUCCCAUGGAGCUAUUGUGUUCUCCCGGCGGGGGUUGCUGUCCUUCCUGGGAGAACGCAGUGUUUAUUGUUUACCCGCUAGCAAUAAUCGCAUGUAAAAAUCCGGCUUGCCAGUUGUACCCAAGUCAAUCAGCCUGCCCAUAGAUUGUUUGAAUCUCCGCUGAACCACCCACGAUUGGAACCACCAUGGCUGGUAUAAAUCGGUGACAGUACCUGGUGCAUUAAUGUUUAGGGUAGUAUGUGACCUUCUAGUGUUUGGGUCUAACCAAUCACUAGAUCUGAGCACGGUCACAUGAUCAAUGUAGUGAUGUUACUGCUCUCUCUAGUGUCUGUGGGGAUUUUAGUGCCGGCUGUAACAAUGAAAGUAGCUUUGAAGGGAGUGCUAGCAAUGUGAGUAUAAGUGGGUCAGGGUGCUUUUUGCACUGACACAAAGUGGGUGGUGUCGCUUUCAAGGUUUUGCUGAAGAAACUUUAAAUUCUUUCUCGUUAAGGAAGGCAGUUGAUUGUUUUAUAGUUGAUCAUUUAUUAUGAUCAUUUAUUAUCUUCAACUGGAGAUCUGUGUAAAAUCUACAGCCCUACUCUUGAAUCGGCCAUCUUGGGCAAAGUGUUUGUCAGGGCAGGUGCCAGAAUACACCGGUCAGCACUUUCAGCCAUUGGCUGAAAGUGCUGAUCAGAUGGCGAACAGCAGACCUUUUUCGGUCAUGCCCCUUCGGAAACCGGCUGAGCGACCGGCUUUCGUCGAACCAGCUUCCAUACAUGCGGCCCAUGUGUACUAGGCUUUAGACUCCAGAUAAGGGCUCAAACCUCAAAUGACCCUUAACUCAUUGGAAGUUAAUAAGCUGAGAUCUUUAUUGUAUACUCAAUGAGCUUAACUUUUUCCUAGAGAUCGUCUUCAAGUGACAGAUGCUAAUUAACCAGAUGGACUCGUAUCUAGUUGCACAUAUUUCCCUUCUAAGCAAGAUAAAUUUUUCACUUUAUUAACAUUUUUAUUUCUGGCACAUGCAUAACUCCUGAAAAAGCUUGUUUUUUUUGGAAAGCACUACAGCAAUAAUUAACAUUUAAUUUAGGGCCAUCCUAGCUUGUCCUUGGGCACACAGCCUACAAGACUGCAGAUACUGUCCCAGACCUUAGACCUAGAUGAUUUAUUAUGUUAAAGAGAACCAGUCACAGUUAACGGUGCUCUGUGCUGCCAGUUUGUUCCCUUCUCUGCCGGGGUGGAUACAUUAACUCCGGUGUGCACAAUUUUA